UUAUUCAUGUCAGCCCAUUUUUUAAGAGCUCACAGGCCUUAUUGUGCUGUCGUCGCCGUAAGAGAAGGUCUGCGUUGCUGAGUGACGCCUCAUUCACACUCAGAACACAGUAACUUUCACAGAGAACAGCAUCCAACCCGAGUUGCCAGAUCGUGCGCUUUUACGAUCCAUGGUUAAUAGGUUUGACGUUGUCGUGGAAAACUGCAUUAGACAGGUAGAAAGACAGACUGAGGAAUUACACUCUAGUUCGGUUUAAACAUGUUUAACAUCGUGAUUAGGCCAGGGAGUGUAAAUUGUCCAAACUGGCAACUCGAGUUUCACUGAUCUUUCUGUGUGUGAGUGUGGACUUGUGGAGGGAGCGAGUGAAGCAGAGGGGAGGAGGAGGAGGUGAAACCUUAUAUGGUACAUACCAUACAACCAAUUCACUCAGCUCUGGGCUGCAUUAUUGGAGCUACGAACUGCGCGUCUGAAGGGACUGAGCGUGCGCCGUGCCUAAAUAAAUCUACUGAUGUCUGCAAACCCUAGAAUGGAGUUGCCAGGGAUUAUAACGGACUUCCUCCAGCUGUCAAAGGAGAAUAUUCUGCUGCUUUGGCUUGCAGUCUUGGUCGCCGUGCACUUGAUGACCAGUUUGGUGCGCCACUGGAGCGCGCGGACUUUACCGGGCCCGUUUCCGUGGCCGAUCGUCGGUAAUGCGGCGCAGAUCGGCAGCUACCCGCACAUCUACUUCACGCGCAUGGCGCGGCACUACGGCGAUGUGUUUCAGAUCAGGCUUGGCAACCGGCCCGUGGUGGUGCUUAACGGCGACGCUAUCCGACAGGCGCUCGUGCAUAAGGGUGUGGAUUUCGCCGGGAGACCCGAUUUCGCCUCGUUCCGCUUCGUCUCGGGUGGUCGGAGCAUGGCUUUCGGCAAUUACAGCGAAUGGUGGAAGGUGCACCGUCGGGUGGCGCAGGCCACCGUGCGCAAGUUCACUACGAGUAACCCGGACACCAAGAACGCGAUCGAGAGCCACGUCGUGAGUGAAGUCAAAGAGCUGAUCUCGCUGUUUAUGCGCGAAACGCGCACGCAUGGCUACUUUCAGCCCCACCACUACCUUGUGGUGUCCACGGCGAACAUUAUAAGCGCCUUGUGCUUCGGGAAACGCUAUUCGCACGACGACGCCGAGUUUCAGCAGGUGGUGGGGCGUAACGACAAGUUCACGAAGACAGUGGGCGCCGGCAGCAUCGUGGACGUUAUGCCUUGGCUCCAGUUGUUUCCCAACCCCAUCAAAACACUGUUCGAUCAGUUCAAGGAACUCAACACAGAGUUCUAUGAAUUCAUCCUGGCCAAGGUUGUGGAGCACCGGAAGACCAUGGAGCCGAGCAUCGUCCGGGACAUGACGGACGCGCUCAUCAUGACGCUGGACCGCGGUAUGACUGGGGCACCCGGGGUCUUACUGGAUGAGAAGUAUGUGCCCCCAACCAUCGGGGACAUCUUCGGCGCGAGCCAAGACACCACCUCCACCGCGCUGCAGUGGAUUCUCCUGCUGCUCGUCAGGUAUCCAGAUAUUCAGAACAGACUUCAGGAGGAAGUGGACAAAGUAGUGGGCAGGAACCGUCUACCUUCCCUCCAAGACCAACCACAUCUCCCAUAUGUGAUGGCCUUCAUCUAUGAGAUGAUGCGGUUCAGCAGUUUUAUCCCAGUGACAAUCCCCCACAGCACAACCACAGACACCUCCAUUAAUGGAUACCCCAUUCCCAAAGGCACUGUGGUUUUCAUCAACCAGUGGUCCCUGAACCAUGACCCCCAAAAGUGGGAUCAUCCUGAGAUCUUCAACCCACUGCGCUUCCUGGAUGAGGAUGGGGAACUAAAUAAAGAUGUGACUGGCAAUGUCCUGAUCUUCUCCAUGGGAAAGAGGCGAUGCAUUGGAGAGGAACUGUCCAAAAUGCAGCUCUUCCUCUUCACAACACUCUUGACACAUCAGUGUCACUUUGAAGUGGAGAAACAACCCACUUUCGACUGCAUAUAUGGGCUAACGCUGAAGCCCAACCCAUUCCACGUAGCAGUAACCCUGCGUGACUGACUGCACUGGGUGGAGAAAGUGGGCUGACCACAUCUUCAUGAGCUGGAUGUGAAUGAAGAGUGUGAAUGAACUCUGAACAGUGGCUCAGCUGAAAACUCACGACCAGUAUCCAACAAAAAUGGUUAAAAACUCUACAGAUUAAAUUAACAUUUUAACCAGUGGUGUAGGUUUAAUUUCAGUUUUUGCGGGAACACACUGCUAAUAGCACCUAACCCUUUGUUUGAAGAUGUCUAACUGUGUAACAGGGUUCAAAAUCUCCAUUAGGGGUGAUCAACCCAUCCAGCAAGACAUUGAAGAGGCCACUCCCAUCAUAAUAUAGCUAUACACACACUAACAGGUCAGUUUUUAAACAUCCUAUAUUAAAAUUUUGGUUAAAAUGCAAGAAAUGCGUUCAAAGUUAAAUACACUGAAUUAAAAAAAAUAUAUACACUCACUAUCCACUUUAUUGGGCAAAAAAAAGGAAGUGUAAUAAAAAAAAAAAUAAAAUAAAAAAAAAGUGAUUUUUUUCCCCCCUCAUCUUCCACUGUCCAGUUUGGGUGAGCCUGUACCUAUGAUAGUCUCAGAGGCCUGUUCUUGGCAGACAGGAGUGGAACCCAAUGUGGUCUUCUGCUGUUGUAGCCCAUCCACCUCAAGGUGCAAUGUUUAGUGCAUGCUGAGAUGCUUUUCUGCUCACUGUAGUAGUAAAGAGUGAUUACAUGAGUUACUGUAUCCUUCCUGGCAGCACAACCCAAUCUGGUCAUGCUCUUCUGAUCUCUCUCAUCAGCAAGUUGUUUCAGCCUGCAGACCCUCCACUCCAAGAAUUAAAAAAAAACACCAUUCUGUGUAAACCCCAGAGACUGUUGUGUGUGAAAAUGCCAGGAGAUCAGCAGUUUCUUAAAUACUCAAACCAGCCCAUCUGGCACCAAAAACCAUGCCACGGUCAAAGUCACAGAGAUCACACUUUUUCUUCACUCUGAUGUUAUAUUUGAACAUUAACUGAAGCUCUUGACCUGUAUCUGCAUGAUUUUAUGCAUUGUUUUGCUGCCACAUGAUCGGCUGAUUGGAUAACUGCAUAAAUGAACAGGUGUACAGGUGUUCGUGUUAAGGUGGAUGGUGAGCGUAUAUAAGAAAUACCAGCAAGGCUUGUCUGGAUAAAUAUAAUUCAGGGAAUCAGUGAAAAUUCCCAUCAUGGUUUUUAGAUCCUUGUAAUAAUAUAGCCAACAAGCCAACAAGCCAACAAGCUUUUUCCUUUAGUGGCAAACCUAAGCCUAACUCUGAUUUGAGAAAAAGGGAGAAAUGCAGGUGUCAGUAUAAAGACUAACUGGUCCAAAUGGAACACAGAGAGGCUACAAAGGAUUUAUUCUUUUUUGAAUAGAACAUAUAUGGCAAAUCAUUUUUUUGUAUUUCUUUGAGGUUGUCACUUGGUUACAUUAUAAACUAGAGCAAGACGGGAGCUGACUUCAGGCUUCCAGUUGGUGCUUUCAACCCUACGCUUCUCCUCCAAAGUCCUUAUUCUGGGGAUAUCUUCAAAGUAAAAACAUCUCCAAGCAAACAGAAAGUCCUUGUGGGUGCAUGAAUUAAAACAUGGGCAUUAGCAUCAAUCAGCAUCAAUCUACUGAUCAAUACAGUGCAUAAUUUACUCCCCUACAAACAUUAGGGGAACAUUCCCCAUCCCCACUCAAACCUACACCUAUGGUUUUAACUAUGCUAAAUAUUUUAAUUUAUGAAAAAUGAAGGUGGCGUAAAGUACAAUGAACAAUGAAGCAACCCUGUGUUAUCAGGUUAAACCUACUGUAUGUGUAUAAGUACAUAAUAUAUUUAUGAAAUAACUACACUCAGGCAAACCAUUUUGAUUUAAAGUUUAAGUUGAAUGACGAUGACAUUCGGGUAAUGUGAGCAUAAAUGCACUGACACAUUACAACGAGGAAAAGUUCAGAUCAGUGGCUCAGCAGUCCUCGUUUCAAUAACCUCAUAUCUGCAAUUUACAGCUAAAGAGACUAGCGCAUAUAUUCAAUCUAUAUGUUUACUGCUAUAUAUUCCAAUUAUUCUUUCUUGUUUUUUACUUUCUGUUUUCAAUGUUCAAGAGUUAGCAGCUUUAAUAUUUUGUGCUAUGCAAAGUUGAAUAUUAUUAUUUGCAGGCCAUUAUUAAUAAGUGUGAGCUUCAUAAUUUAAUCACUAACAGAUUAUAUGUACAUUUCUGAGCUAAUUGCUGUAGCAAACAUAUUUUAAUAAGAUGUUCAUAUAUUUGUAUGUUGUUAUAUGUAAUAGGAAUGACACGUUAGUAGACAAAUUUUCCAGAGAAAUUGGAUGAUCAUAUUCAAAAUUAUAUAUGUAAAGCAUAACAUUUUUUCAGUGAGUUAACUGAACUAACAGAAAUGUCAUUUAUGUUAGGUCCAAUGUGUCACAACACUGAAAAAGGGAAAGACUUUUUGUGUGCAAUUUUGAUUGUACAAAGAUGCUUGACAAUUAUAGUUUGCCAAUCUUCUCUUUGUUUCAAAAGUGUACAAUUAUUUGUACAGGAUAUACAAUAAACAAUUCAUGCAUUGAUGGGUGACAAAA